AUGCUAGUUAUUGACUAUGACGGCUCUUCUGUGGGGAGUGCUCUCCUAGCUGCUGUUAAUGAAGCCAAUCGACCAAGGACCAACCCAACGUAUAUCAUCGUUACAGCUGAGAGUCACAAUGUACAGGAAGUUGAAAGAGCUGUUUUUGUGGGUAAAUAUUGGGGUGCAAUCUUUUCCACUGCCAAUGCCACAGCUCGACUUGACGCAGCGAUCCAAGGUGCCAAUUCUUCAGAGUAUGUGGCGGACGACGCCUAUGUCCUUGUUGGAAAUAGUGCUCGUUACACGGCCUUCUACUCCGAAAUCGUCACAGAAAACCUUGAGAGCGUGGCUGAUUCCGCCAAAACCUAUUACAUGCAACACAACAUCGCAUCCUUCCUUAGUGAAUCUCUCGUGAACGAAACCACACUUUCAUCCUUGCAAAUACAAACAAUUCUGAAUCCUGUUGGAUAUACAUCUAUUGAUACUAGCUACGGACCUUUUACAUUUGGCAAUCGUACUUUACUAAACACUCUUAUGAUCGUGGUCGUGGUCCUUUGUCAAUUCUUCUUCCUGAUGUCCCUCAAUGGCCUCAGCAUGGCUUUCGGACUCUUCAAGGGUGUCUCUCGAAUGAACUACUUCAAAACACGACUCCCAAUAUCAACUGCAUGGGCUAUCUUUGCGGGUCUUUUUGUAACAUCCUGGCAAAUGACAUUCAAAGAAUCAUAUCCCAUAAACGCCCAAUUAUUCUUCUCCUUAUGGACACUAUACACCGUCUUCUCAGUCAUUAUUUUCGACGUUCUCGAUAUCGUUACGGCAUUUGUACCUGCUCAAUACAUCCCAUUUUGCAUGUUUACCUGGAUGAUUACAAACGUGACAAGUGCGGGCUCACCACCAGAGCUAUCUAAUGUAUUCUUCCGCGUCAGUUACUUCUUUCCUGCACGCGCUAUGUGGUUUGCGGAACAGCAUAUAUGGUCUCAGGGUGGCGCAUAUGACUUAUCACUUAGCCUACCCAUACUGGCAGCGUGGUUAGUCGUUGCUAAGGUUGGGACUUUGUUCACCGUGGAUCCUAGAAGGAAAGCAGCCGCAGCUGGGGCGCCUCGUGGCAAGAGAUGA